AUGGCACCUAGGAGAAGAAAUGUCAAUGCUCUUGGAACUGAUCAAUCAGCCGCUAAUCAUAGAGUUCCCCCUAUUUCUUUUCCCCCUACUGCACCACCUGUUGCUCCAGUGGUCCCUGAAGCACCAGGAGUUGUUCCUGUUGCACCAGCCGCUCAGGUUUUACAAUCAUUGUUGGGACUACUGAACAAUCAUGUUGCCCCACAACCAGCAGUUCCACCAACUUUAAGUUUGGAUAGAGGUUCCUUGUUUGAGAGAUUUAUGAAGGCAAAACCUCAAGAAUUUCACGGAAUAGUGGACCCUAUAGAGGCAAAGGCAUGGGUAGAGAUAGAGAAAAUAUUUGAUGUUCUAGGUUAUUCAGUAGACCAGAAGGUGGCCUUCGCAGCUUUUAGGUUCAAGGGCCAAGCAGAGCAUUGGUGGCGCAUGGUGAAGCGUCAAUAUGAGGGUAGAGAAACAGAGCUAGUAUGGAGCAAGUUUCUACAAUUGUUUAAUGAGAAAUACUUCCCUGAAGCGGUGGCCAUAGAGGAAGAUAGAGUGAUGUUAUUUGAGAAUGGCUUGCAGUCAGAGAUCUAUGCCAAAGUAGCUAUUUUGGAGAUGAAGACAUAUUCUGCAUUGGUAAGCAAGGCAUUACUAGCUGAAAAUGGAGCAGAAGAGGAAAAGAGAGCUGAGGAACAAAAGGCCAAGGAACCACAAAACAAGAGACUUAGGGAGGAAAGACAAGUAGAGCAUCGGGGUGGUGGUAGCAAUCCUAGCAAGAAGCCUUACACCCAAGGUCAGAAGCAGAAUAAUGGCAAAAGUGGGACUACCCAAGGUCAGACAUCCAGGAAUAGGACUCAGGAAAAGAAGUCAGUGGCUACCCAAGGACGUGUUUACACCCUCACUAGAGAGGAGGCUGAGGCUGCUCCAUCUGUGGUACAAGGUACACUCCUUAUAUCAUCUGUACUUGCCAAAGUGUUAUUCGAUUCAGGAUCAACACAUUCUUUUGUUGCACCUAAGUUUCUACGUUGUUUGUCUAUUCCUUGUGAGCCUUUGGAUGCAUGUGUUGUUGUGUCUACUCCACUAGGGGAAACACUAGCGUUAGAGGAUGUUUGUAGAUUUUGUGAGAUAGAGUUAGAUGGUAGAAUUUUUCCAGUGGAUUUGAUUUCUUUAGAGAUGAAGGAUUUUAAUGUGAUUUUGGCAAUGGAUUGGCUAAUGAAGCAUCAUGCCUCUAUUGAUUGUUUUAGGAAGAGGGUAGUUUUUGCUAUGCUGGGGCAGCAUGAGUUUUUCUUUCAGGGAGAUGGGAAAGGGUCUUCUAUUGAGCAGAGGUUAGAGAAGUUGCUUGUAGUGAGGGAAUUUGUUGAUGUUUUUCCAGAGGAGCUACCUGGUCUUCCUCCAGACCUGAGUAAAGAUGGGGUAUCUGUGGAUAGCACGAAGGUAACAGCAAUUGUUGAUUGGCCACGACCUACUUCUGUGAUGGAGGUACGUAGCUUUCUAGGGCUUGCUGGGUAUUAUAGACGGCUUAUGGAAGGAUUCUCUCGUAUUGCUUUGUCACUUACCAUUCUCACCAGGAAAGGGGUAAAGUUUGAGUAG